UGCAAUAAAAUUAUUAUUAUAUUAUUGAAAAAUGCAUCCACUUUUUAUAUUCCCUAAUCUUCAAGUGAUAGUAAUAGUAAUAAAAUCUUUCUUGCUGGCUUAUCUAACGCAGUAGUGCGCCACUGGUAAUACCUAUAUAACAACACACAUAACUCAUAAAAUCUUCCUUCCUCAACCUUAUCAAUUACUCAUAUUUCCUUUCUUCUAAAUUUUGUGUGUAGAAAUAUACAUAUUUUGAUGGGCAUUUGAAAUGGAAGCACGCAUUCUCGUCGUGGCCAUUUUCACAAUUCUCGAAACAGUCACGUGGAGCUCACGUACAACGGCAAUGGUGGUAGGUUUCAAAGCCACUCCAAAUCCCGACGUCUCAUCUUUCCAGCCUCUGCUCAACGAUUCAUCCAACACCUACUCACUGGGUUUCCUCCGAGUCAACCGCAACGAGCUGAGCCUCUCAGUCCUCCACGUGCCCUCUUUGGUCCCGCUGUGGUCGGCCGCCACGACCCGAUCGCCCAGAUGGGCCAACCCGACCCACCUCCUCUUCAACGGCAGCCUCGUUCUGUCCGAUCCCCACACUGGGGUAUAUUGGUCUACACACACCUCCGGAGACCGCGUUUGGCUGUCAAACGCUUCAAAUCUCAUUAUCGAGAAGCUCGACGCAGCAACGCCUCUGUGGCAGAGCUUCGACUUUCCCUCAGAUACCCUCGUCGAGAAUCAAAAUUUCAGUAGCGCCAUGGCCUUGGUCUCUUCCAACGGCCUCUACUCUAUGCGUUUGGGUCCGGAUUAGAUUGACAACUCUAGUCCGGAUUACAUGGGGCUAUUCGCCAGCUUCUCGGAUUCGGGUCAAAUAUACUUGAAACACACGGCGCUGGAGGCCAAAGCCGACGUCGUUCCGGGUCGGCCCAUUUACAUGGUCCUAAAAUCCGACGGAUAUUUGGGGAUGUACCAGGACGAACCCGUACCCGUUGACGUGCAGUCCUUCAACACAUUUCAGCAGAACGUGCCGGGUAUCCGCCGGGUCAGGGUCGAACCGGAUGGGAACCUCAAAGGGUACUACUGGACCGGGUCGGCUUGGGUACUGGAUUACCAAGCAAUAUCCGAGCCGUGUGAGCUACCGAGUUCUUGCGGGUCAUACGGUUUAUGCAAACCGGGAAAGGACUGCUCCUGCCUCGACAAUCGGACCGUUCACAGCUCCGGCGGCUGCGCGCCGUCGCAUGGGCAAAUAUCCGGCGACUUCUGCGGCGCGUACGACAACCGGUUCGGGGUGUUGAGAAGAACCGGGGUGGAACUGCCGUAUAAAGAACUCAUGGGUUACAAGAGAACGGCGUCGUUCGAGCAGUGCGAGGCCUCGUGUGAAGGGAACUGCACGUGCUGGGGCGUGGUGUACAGUAACUCCUCUGGGUUCUGCUACAUGCUAGAUUAUCCCAUUCAGACGCUGGCGGCGGUGAGAGAUGAGGGCAAGCUGGGGUAUUUUAAGGUGCGGGAGGGUGUAGGGAAGAAGAAGGUGGGGGCGUGGGUGGGGAUGGGAUUGGGGCUGCUUUUUGGGGCGGUUUUGGCAUUUGUGGGAGUUUUGGGGUUGUGGUGGUAUAAGCUGAGAAGUAGAGGGGUGAAAGGAUAUGGAGAGGAGGAGGGUGGGGUAGGCGUGGGGCCGUAUAAAGAUUUGGGGGCAGCAAGUUUUAGGUCAAUACAACUAUGUGAGAGAUGAUGACGUAAGGGAUGACGACACGUUUGGGACCGUGGCUUCAAAAACUACUGACUCUAUUUGUUUAGUGCUUGUUGCCACAAUUUUUUGGAAUAUUCCACUUGAUUUUUCUUUGUUGUUUCCGAUUUUGACUCUUGUAUAAAAAUAUGCAUGUCUUAUUUUCGAUGAUAUCAAAGAUUUUACACAUUUGAGAA